AUGAGCCCUUCUACCCUUCCUUCCUUCCCUUCUGUUUACCUGAAUUCUGCCCUUUCCCUCCCCUCCCAUCUUUCCUUCCCCUCCAUUCUUCCAUUCUUUCCAGUCUUUCGUCCCACGACCCCCUACACCUACACCUACGUACCCACCCACCUAGGACAGCCCAGACCAGACCAGCAGACUUGCCUGCGACUCCCCAUUUUGGAUCAAUUUCGCACCCGCCAGGUGUUUGAAGGAAGGGAAGGAACCACUGACUGGUACUGGACGACGCGCAUGGUGUGGGAAGGAAACGCCCAGCUCUUCAUCGGGCUGGAAGGAGGACCAGAGGACAGACUCCCACCCGCCGAGGCUCGAAACAGUCAUGGGCUGCCCGGGGCCACUCGACAGACGGGGUCGACCAGGGUCCUUAGCCGUAUCUGGCCCGAGCGAGCGAGAAUCUCCAGCCCACCGACUACCGUUGCUGGCCAGACCGUCUGGCUUCAUGAUCCAGUCAGUGUGCUCCUUCGCAUGCGCCUAACCCCCAGGAAGCAGCAGCAGGAGGAGGAUGACGAUGACGACGAAAGGGAAGAAGGGAAAGAGGGCGAGAAGAUGCGCCAAAUUCAAAGCCCAGUCGAACCCGGAAACCCAAGCACCACCACAACACCAAUGCGAGCCCAGGCACGAGUAAAAAGCCUUCCAGGUCCAGCCAUGCGGGCCGUGGCCAUGACGGGGCCGGCACCGGCCCAUGCCAGACCACGCCAGACAUGGGAUCCCGCCAAAGAAAAUGACCGAAACAAACCCUGA